CCAGGCAACCUCCAGCCAACACCGACCACCUGCAUCUCGAGCUCGCAAUAAGUUCUUGGAUCAGUUGGUCAAGAAGCGUAAUGGCGGCGGCUCACCACCUCUCGUCGUCGGUGCUGCCCAUGGUGGCGGCGGUGGUGUUCGUCUUCUUGGUACCGCGGCUGCGGGGUGCCCGCGCGGCCACGUUCACCAUCACCAAUAACUGUGGGUACACGGUGUGGCCGGGGCUGCUGUCCAGCGCCGGGUCGGCGCCGCUGUCCACGACGGGGUUCGCGCUCGCGCCGGGGGCGUCGCAGGCGGUGCCGGCGCCGUCGGGGUGGUCGGGCCGCAUGUGGGGGCGGACGCUCUGCGCGGCGUCGUCCGCCGACGGCGCCGGGAAGUUCGCGUGCGCCACGGGGGACUGUGGGUCCGGCGACGUGCAGUGCAACGGCGGCGGGGCGGCGCCGCCGGCCACGCUGGCCGAGUUCACGCUCGACGGCAGCGGCGGCCUCGACUUCUUCGACGUCAGCCUCGUCGACGGCUACAACCUGCCCAUGCUCGUCACCCCACUCGGCGCCUCCGCCUCCUCCUCCGCCCCCAGCUCCGGCAAGUGCGCGGCGACGGGGUGCGUGGCGGAGCUGAAUGGCGCGUGCCCGGCCGACCUGCGCGUGGCGUCCACCACGUCGGCCUCGCCGGUGGCGUGCCGGAGCGCGUGCGAGGCGUUCGGCUCCGCCGAGUACUGCUGCAGCGGCGCCUACGGCAACCCCAACACCUGCCGGCCGUCGGCCUACUCCCAGUUCUUCAAAUCGGCGUGCCCGCGAGCCUACAGCUACGCCUACGACGACUCGACCUCCACCUUCACCUGCGCCGCCGGCGCCACCGAUUACUCCAUCACCUUCUGCCCCGCCGCUCCGACGAGCGUGAAGUCGUCGGGGCAGAACCCGCAGGCCGCCGGGCUGCAGCAGCUCAACGACACCAUGAUCUACUUCGGCGGCGGCGGCGGCGGCCCGAAUUCCAGCGGCGCAACGACGGCGUCGUCGCGCUCUCCAAUGGCCGCCGCCGCCGCCGCCUUGGUCGCCGUCGCUGUCGCCGCGCUGCUCUGAGCCGCCACGGCGUCAACUGUCUACAGGGUGGCGCAACUGAAGCACGUUGCGUGCCACUGCACGGUGGGGCCCCUUGGAGGGAAGACGGUGUUGACCGAGCAGUCACAGGGUCGACCUGAUCGACGCCUGAUGCUUUUUUUCUCUUCCUAUUUUGCGAUUACACCUUGGAGUAUAGACGCUAGCGUAGCUUACCAUUCAUUAUUAUUUUAGUAUAUCUUUUAAUUAUUUUUUGCCAGCGCUUUUAGUGUGUAUUUAAUUAUUGGUUUUGUUGACGGAGGAUUCGUUCAUUCUUUUUACACCAAAACCAGCUCAUGUAUGAUGUAUGUAGAUGACAGAUUUGAUUAGAAUGCAGAGACUAGGAUAGUUCCAGUCCUUUGGACUAAAAGGAAAAAGAAACAUUCUUCUCACACUGUGCAUCGAAUAUUGAGGGGUUUCCAUGCUUUUCUUACACGGAAAAUACACCAUUAUAUUCUUCUCGAAAACGAAAAUUAAGAUGCUA